AUGACGAGCUGCAAACUGGUGACGUUCUAUUUCGACGUCAUCUCGCCGUACAACUAUUUCGGCUUCGAGGGCAUCACACGUCAUCGAGGCGUCUGGAAGACGCCGGUCGCGUUGAAGCCGUUCUUCUUCGCCGGCGUUCUGCGAGCGUCAAAAAACGAAACGGUGCCGCUGAAAGUGCCAAUCAAAGAACAAUAUUUGCACAAGGACGUCGUGUUCAACGCCCAAUAUUGGGGAUUGCCGUUUCGAUUGCCGAAAGAUCUGACGAACACGAUGCUCACGACGAGCUCGAUUGUGCCGCAGAGGGUGUUGGUGGCGUGCCAAUUGGAGAGCGAGGCGCUUAUGGAAGACGUCGCGAAGCACUUGUGGCGCCGCUAUUUCGCCUACGGCAAAUCGGCGUACACCGAACGCGACGUCGAAGAGGUGCUUCGCGAUCGGCGAGUGGCCAACGUCGACGACAUCAUGAAGGCGUCGAAGUCCGACGAGGUCAAGAGUAUCCUGAGACGGAAUACCGACGAAGCGAUCGCGCAAGGGUGCUUCGGCGCGCCGUGGACGCACAUCACCGACGGUGACGGCAAAGUGCUUCAGGCGGUGUUCGGCGCCGAUCGACUCCCGCAAAUCGCCGACUUCAUUGAUGAGAAAUUUCAUGGUCCGAUGCGCGAGAAGGCCGAUCGACACUUGUAA